UCUUUUUCUCCAUCGUCCAUCAAUUUCGUCAGGCUCCAAAGAUUCUCCUCUCUUCCGCCAUCUGCAGAAUUAGAUUGAUAAGCUUCUUGAUUAUGUGAUUAUCGUCAGAAUCGUGAUUAUGUGAUUAGAUUCUCCUCUCUUCCGCCUUUAUGAUUGGAAUCGUGCUUCCCUCACGAUUCCGAGCUUCAUAGUGUCUUCACGAUUCAUCAAAGUAGUGAGUUUGUUUGAGUGGGAGAAAACGAUGUGGACCAAUGUUUUCACAAUUGGGGGUCUACAUAAUGUUUCUUGGUUUCAGUUUCUUCCAAGUGAAGCUGAGCUCAAUCCUAGCUCUGAUACAAGAGGUGAGCAGAAUGAUGUUGCGACAUAUCUUGUGCUUUCAUCUCAUCUUCGGUUGCAGAAGGAAGGCUUUCUUACCACAUGGACCAAUCACUGAUAAAGCUCAGGCUGGUUAGAUGAAAAGAUCAAGCUUUGGCGUAUCAGAAUGUUGAUGUCAGAGAUGUUAUUAAUUACUUGUGGUUCUAUUGUUUGGCUUGAUUGAGAUUGUUGUCUACCUUGCAGUAGAGAGAGAGAGAGAGUGAAGACAGAUUAUAUGUCCCUGAUACUUGUAAGAUUGGAAGAGUUAGAUCUCAUUGGUAGAGAUGAUGAACAGAAGUUCUUAUCAAGUGCUGAUUUUCUUGUGACCAAUGCAAUGCCGAGUUUGAUUACAAAUAUGCAAAGUGCUGUCAGUGAAGUUCUUAAAGGAAUGCAGUUAAAGGAUGUAAUCACCACAAGAGUUCUACAAGAAACCUUGUCACGGAUUGUGGAUGAGUUCAUGUGCACUGGCAGUCCACAUCACUGGGUUGAUUAUCUAAUGAUGCCUCAAGACACAAAGCUUUCAAGAAACACAAGUGUUGGCUCUUCUGAUGAAACUGUGAGCAAGUUUCAUCAACUUAUGGUCGAAUAGCAUUUAUAAUAUAUGACAUAUUUUCUCUUUUUAUUGUUAAGG